AUGGCCAUCGGGUCCGAAGUGCACGUCUUGGCUAGGACGCAGCAGCAGCAGCAGCAGCCCGGCAACGCCAGCCGUCACUGUGGCCGCAGGGGCGAGGGAGGGCGACAGGCGGGAGCGGGAGAGACGGUGGAGGCGGGUGACAAGUCCGGCAACCCCGGGAUGACUGUUUUUGCCUCGCUGCACCGGAAACUGAUCGUCCAGCAGGUCCUGACCGAGGCGAAGCGGGCGGAGAUAAAGGCCAGGAACGACGAGAUCGACCGCCGAGAGAAGCAAGCCAAGAAAAAGAUGGCCAGGAUGGAAGACCAGGAGGAGAUGCUCGCCGCCGCCGAGGCCAUCCCCGUCCCCGUAGGACAAGCGCCUCCGCCGCCGCCGCCGCCGCCGCCGCCGCAGGAGGGGCUCCAACAGCAAAGCGUGGGGGGGACGGGGACGGCAAGGCGCGAGGUGGAGGUCAAGGCGGCGGUAGGUAGCGGUGGAGAGCGGCGGCGACGGCGGCGACCGCGGAGAAGGGACCCUCUGACGGCGUGGGUGUGCGGCUGCUACAACGACGACGGCUACGCCGGUCAUGUGUCGGACCUUCGGCAGUUCUUCCGGGGGAUAGAUUUUCACCACCUGAUGCUUAGGUAUCACGUGCUGCCCGAUGGCACCCUGGAUCCCGAUCGAAGGCGUUUCUGCGUUAGAUUCAAGACAAAGGCCGGCAGAGACUUGGCGAUCAAGCGCUCGGGAGAGGCGCUGGGAUCCUACUGCUCGUGGUGGGACCCGGGCGAUGUGGUGACGGUAAUCAGGGGCAGGGAUGUAGCGAGCGACAGCGACGGCGGCGGCAUCGACGACAUGCUCGUGGUUUUGCCGCAGGGUCGCAGCGUCGCCGACGUGCUAGACAAGGUCGAGGCGCGGCUGCCGAAAGACCUGACCCCGGCAUUGGCGGCGCAACGAACCGACGACGACGCCACCAACAACAGCAAGAAACGUCCUCGACGGCAUCGAAAACACGACGAUGGUGAGCGCCCUCAACAACUUCCCGAAAGCCAGCUCGAGGCCUACCGACGGGACAUGCUUCGGGCGGCGCUCGGUUGCGGCCUUGCGGAGGCCCUGGCGCUCGGACCCAAGCGGGGGGCCCCCGCCGCCGCCGCGCGGGUCGCGGGGACCGACGAGGACAACGCCCGGAGGGUGGCCAUCCUCGCCUCUGGAGAAGCUGCGACGGCACUGGACCGUGGUACGGCGGCGGCGGCGAGAGAAGGUCGAAGAAGUAGCGGCAGCGGGGGGGGCGUACAAGUAGUGCCUUCGGGUCCUGUCGGGGGUGCUAGGGCACAGUGUCGACGGCGGCGGCGACUGCUGCUGGAGGAGGAGGGGGAGUCCCCGGUAGCCAGAGCGGUGGAACAAUAGCAGCACUUCGGAGUAAGAAAGAAAGGCGGACCGUUGUUUUCCCGCAGUGUGACCGCACACUGGACCACGCCCACGACCCUGUGAAGCAUGUGCCUGCCAGCGACGCGAGUCACAAUGCGACUCGAAUUUACUCCAAGAACCGAUUACCACCAACACACUAAACCAGUGUUAUGAAGUUUUCCCGCAGGGGGCGGUGUGUGUUGUGUGAUCCUCUGCACGUACGACGGCACCAAUGAAGGAUAGUAGGAGUGUGUUCGACUUUUGGACGGCAAUAUAGCAGCGUCCCGAAAGAGUGCAAGGCAAGAUACGCGGUUUGGAUUGGUGGGUGUGCACGGUGA